AUGCAUUUGUUCAACAUCAUUACGACCGUAGGUACUGUCCCCAUUGACCGAACUGCCGGUAUCAAAGCCCUUGUGAAGCCACGACUACCGCAACAUGAAAAUUCUUUCAUCUUUUCUUUGGCCAACGACACGACGUCGGCAGUAGAUAGUUACACCGUUGUGAGCACCGCCGAUGGUAAGAUCCAUGUGCAGGGAACAUCGCUCAGUUCUAUUGUAUAUGGCCUUCAUUCUUACCUCUCAGACGUUGUUCACGCCGAUAUUUGGUGGCAUGCUGGUAGCCAACUCGAAGAUGCACCCGUGAGUCUGCCGAGAUUGUCAUCACCAUUGAAUGGACAAAAUAUCGUUCCUUAUCGCUAUGAGCUCAACACAGUGACCACUUCGUACACCGCCCCAUUCUGGACUUGGGAGGAUUGGGAAUUGCAAUUGGACUGGAUGGCCCUUCGUGGCAUCAACAUAGCUCCAGCAUGGAUUGGAAUCGAGAAAUUCUUCAUUGAAGUCUUCCAAGAAGUCGGUUUCACAGAUGAUGAUAUUUCAGAUUUCUUCACUGGUCCUGCAUUUCUCGCCUGGAACCACUUUGGUAACUUACAAGGAUCGUGGUCUUCCGAUCUACCGUUUGAAUGGGUCGACAACCAGUUUGCUCUUCAGAAAAAGAUAGUAAAACGCAUGGUAGAGUUGGGAAUAACGCCUAUUUUGCCUGUAUUUCCUGGCUUCGUCCCUCGGGCGGUGUCUGAUGUAUUACCUGAUGCUCACAUUCAGUGGGUGAACUUUCCCGAGGAGUAUACUGAAGACAUACUGCUUGAUCCCGUCGAUCCUCUAUUUGCGCAAAUGCAACUGAGCUUUAUCACGAAGCAGCAGCAGGCAUACGGAAACAUCACAAACUUUUAUGCGCUUGACCAGUUUAAUGAAAUGACACCUCCUUCGGAAGACCUAGAUUACCUGAGAAAUGCGAGCUCAAACACAUGGAAGGCACUCAAAGCGGCAGACCCCAACGCCAUCUGGGUGUUUCAGGCGUGGCUAUUCGCGCAAAACACCACUUUCUGGACGAACGACCGCAUUGAAGGAUAUCUCGGGGGCGUCACUACCGACAGUGACAUGCUAAUUUUGGACAUUUGGUCAGAAUCGAUGCCCCAAUGGCAGCGUGCUCAGUCAUAUUACGGCAAGCCUUGGAUCUGGUGCGAACUGCAAAACUACGGCGCCACCAUAAAUAUGUAUGGCCAGAUCCAGAAUGUCACCAAGAGCCCUAUCCUGGCACUGCAAUAG